AUGGCGAGCUUUACUGCAUUGAAUAUUGAGCCUGCGGAGGACAUACAGGAAGAGGUCGAUGAUACCAAGGAGAUCCAGAUCGAAGAAGCUCUCAAGCUAUAUCAAAAUGCCUUGAAACUUCACUCGCAAGGCCCUGCCUAUUAUUCGCAGGCUAAGGAUGCUUAUGCCUCUCUUAUACAGUCAGAAAUAUUCAAAUACCCGGAAUCGAUCUCAGACUUUCAGCGAAUUACCUCAGACGGCGAUACCGACGAUGCCUCUGCCGAUGCGUUCGGUGGAAUAGAUGCCAAUGACGCAGCCGCGAGUGCCCUGCCCCAAACGAUUUUUCUUUCGUAUAAGAAUAAUGGCCAGUUUCUCUUGGACGUACUGAAAGAGACACUUCGAAAGCAGCCUACUACCGUGGACGAACAACGACUGACCGUCGCGAAGGACGCUCGCUCUGCUAUAGAAUUGUUUGCUGAAGCUCUAGAAAGGGAUGACACAGAUCUUGACCUUUGGCGGAAAAGUGCUCGAAUAGGGGGUACAUUGAAUAGCUACCGGCUGGCCAGGUACUGCCUUGAGAGCGUCUUGGUGGGAGAUGACAAUGAGGUUGAGGUACGCGCUGAACAACUUGGUUUGGAUGAAGCAUUUGCGGCUGAAGAUCUUCGAAAAGUCCUUCAAGCGCUGAAGGAUGAGCUUUCAUCUAUCCAAGCACCACCACUGAAGAAACCUCGAAAAUCUCUAUUUCGAUUUUUCAGAAACCACUCGCAAGAUCCCUACCCUUAUCUUCCGGGUCUAGCUCAAGAUAUAUCCAAUGCAACCACUUUUACUUCGAAAAAUCUACACAGUCGGCAUAUGAUUGAAGCACCUGAUAGAACAUGGAAUGGUGUCGGACGAGCUAUAAUGCAGCUGUUGAAGGAGAUCCAGAUAGUAGUGCCUGGUACUGCUGUGGGCAUCUCGAUGCCUUCACGAGCAAUAUCACCACAAAGCCCACGCCACAGAAGUUUGUCCGUUUCCGCAAACAUUAAGCCCAUUGAGAAGAGAAUCGAAGUACCAGAAGCACCAAAAACAACGGAAUCACUUGAUGACCAGUCCUCAAUCGAUCAGCGUGCAGAAUCACAAUUACGAGAAGCGCUUGAGGGACUUUCCGCGCAGCCAACCGAGAAUCCAAUCAUAACAGGAAACACAGUGGUCGACACUGAUUCCAAAAUACCUAAUGCAAACCCUAGGAAGCGCUCAUCGGCAUCUUUGGGCAAUGAUGAGACGGCAGAUAGCGUGAGAACCAAAAGCCGUCGCAUUCGUGCUAGGGAAUCAAAUGCGGAGAACUUACUACAAACGGAGGAAGUUAGUCACGACAAAUAUUUGGAAGAUCGCUUGGAAAAGUUCUCACAUGCCGAUGAAUGGCUGUUUGGAACUGUUGGCGAUCUCCUUUCAAAAACAGGGGUUGAGGUUUUAGGCACUAUCGACGACCUCAAAAAACAGCUAAACAUAUCAAAUGAUUCCAGCUGUCUUCCGCCCAAGGAUAUCGAGGCAACGCUUGUACACGAUCUUCAAGCUGCACUGAGAAAUUGGGAUGAAGAGAAGGCUCGCUCCGCCACGCAGGGAGAUAGCUCGACAGCAUUGCAAGAUUCCCGCGGAAGGAAACGCUCGGGGCUAGCAAUAUUUCUUGACCAUUCACGGAAGUCCAUGCAGAAAAUGAGCAAGAAGGACCCAUUAUUUGAGGGUAAUGGGUUAGAUGAAUUCACAAAGGAAGUUAACGAGAGUUGGCUUCAUGUUCACGAAGUUGCUUUCCAAUGGCUGAGUAGCCUCCUAGAGCCAAGAAAGAACCAGUCCUAUAAUUCAAUUUCUGAAAGAUGCUCAGUCGAGUCUUCUUACAUUUCUUUGCACUGGCCGGAAAAUUUAAAGGAGACAGUCAUACAGUUGCUGAUUCAGGAAGAUUCCUAUAUCCACGAAAAACUAGCCGACGCCGUUUCCCAACAAGAGAAGAAAGUCUUGGAUCAAGUGACAUCCGAUACUCUGUUGAGAUGCACUGAUGAUCAUCAUGCUCAGGUCGAAAUGAUCCAAGCAAUUCACGAGCUUCACUUGGAUACCUAUACUUAUAUGAACAACCCCAAUAGCGAAAUCGAUCAAAAUUCUCGCAUUUUGCAACGUGACCGCCUAAUAAGAUGGGGUAUGUUGGCACAAACCGCGAUCAACUCUCUCUUAGAUACGGAGUCAGACAGUGAGCGGUUUAAUAAAAUCGCUCUUCGGCACCUUUGGUCAAUGACAUUCCAUUCAAACAUGGCUGAGGAUAUUAGCCGCGCUUAUGUCCUGCUUUGCCUUGAAGAUCUCAAACAGGCUCUGAUUUCGUUCGGUAGCCCUGAAAUAGCGCUUAUCAAUAACGCCUUCAUGCCGGAGAUCUCUGUUGCGGCUUUAGAUCAGGAAAUCAAUCGUCUCAAUUCAAUGGGAUUUUUCAUGAGAAUAUUUGGAUCAGAAGGCGAGGACCCGGUCUCUUUGAUAGAAAGCAUUGAGCCCGUUUUAAACCCGUCUUCCGUGGAAUAUAUCCAAGAUACCGCCAGUGGUAACACUACUCCAUCUGUUCCAGCUCAUUUCCAGGAGUUAGCCUCAUUCCUGGAUAGAGGUGAUGCAAGUCUUCGCUUAUUUUUGUGGCGAAGACUGCAGGAUGCUUAUCGAUUAAUUGACUAUCUUCCCAAAGUGGUGUCUUGUCAACUUCGUAGCAUUGAAGCUAUCGUCAAAGAAAUCCGAGGAGAGAUCUAUCUCGGAUCCCAAGAUAACCGGCCUUCGAUAUUGCUCAGAUGGUUGAAAUCUGCCAACAAUAUCCUGACCAAGCUUGUGCCGCAAUUAAUCGAUGAUCCUGUCAAAUCCUUUGAAUGCAUCGAUGUCGACCAUUUGCGCUCCUCACUAACAGCCGUGGCCCAUCUGUCUCGACUUCUUCAUAGCUUCGCUCUUUAUGAGGACGCAGUCAAAGUAGGCCAACGGCCACCAUUGGAACUUCGAGGUUCUCUGGGGAAAUCCCUCGAGAAUUUCAAAGAGAAGCUCCGAGAUAUGCAGGUUCGAUGUUGGGUUUUACAGUACACAUUGGUGAAAGAGUAUAUGACCCAGGAAAAGGAUAUAUUCUCUACUCCCUCGGAUGAUCUGAUUCACUUUUUAAGAGCUGUGCAUAAUGCAUUGGGUAUUCGGUCUUCAUGCAGAUAUGCUGACAAAAUUCUGCUCAAGCUAAUGAAGUCGGAGCUUCUGAGCAUUGAGACCCAGGAGGAUUGCGAGUUUGACAUUGCACAAGUUCUUUUCGAUCUUCAUGGGUUCAAAUUCUCCAAUCAACUAGGAAUUUGCGAUCACGGCUGUCCAACAGAAAAACCAAACUCACAAUCUGCGGCGAUGAUGAUAGAUUUUGUUCUGAUGCAAGUCAACCGACUGAAUAUCAAGGACUUGUCGAGAUCUGACUUGAAAACGACUAUUGAGAAAGUACAACAGGCCAUUGGGCCGGUGAAGAAUUCCUCAUUGUCUUUCAACAAGCGUAUUCUGUCUGGUUAUCUGAAGUCUGCAAUAAAUCCCUCGGAGAUGCUGCGGCUUGUUCAGGGUGUUGGCGGAUUGGCGUUAAGGUCUGUCCAGAUACCGAACGCUGAGAGCGCGAAGAAGGGAUGGUAUUUCCUUCUUGGGCAUACGGCCUUGACGAAAUUUCGUUCUCAGAAAAGGCUGAAUGCAGGGCCUACAACCGAUCUUGACGAUGCCAUCGGAUACUUUCGACAAGAUCUAGAAUAUGCUACAGAGCGAUGGGAGACAUGGUAUAGGCUUGCUCAAACAUAUGACUCCAAACUUGAUGAAGAAAUAACAUGGUCAGCCGAGAAAAUCACCAAUAGCAAAGCUGAGUUAACGGCUAUUCAACGCAGUGCAAUUCACUGCUACGCUAUGGCGGUUGCUGGUGCUUUGAGGACCCCUGACGACGACCUAAAGUCGCGUUCGAUAAUUUCAGACCUUUUCACUGACUUUGGAAUGCGCUUGUAUGCCUCUUCUCGCGAACCGCUCAACAUGGCCGCUUUCAGUCUUGAAGACAUCGAGCGUCAUUUUAGUGAUUUUGAUAGCCAGAAAGUAUACACGGGCAAACCAUUCAAAGAGAUGAGGGUGUAUUCUGUCUGGAGUCUUGCUGGUUAUAUGUUCAGGCGUGCCAUGGUUGACAAACCCCAUUACUGGGUCAAUCACUAUAUGCUCAGCAAAUGUAGUUGGAAGAUGUUCAAUAGUGAUGAAGCGACUCGAGGGAGCGGUAAGAAAGUCACUAUAGACGACGUUCUAGACCCGCUACUCGACGCUAUCGAAACAUUGCCCCAGCGGAAAGAAAGAGGAUCCUCAGACCCGAUCUUUGCGCCGCAUUUCAGACUCGUAUCUGUUCUUCACAAACUUGUGCUUCGAGAAUUAAUCGAACCUAGCAAGGCCGGGGAGAUUCUCGCCGAGACACCCUGGGCCAGGAAAUUAUCACCUCCGCAAAAUAAGGGCGACUGGAACUCUUACGUGUUGGAUAUCUUGAAAAUACUCAAGAAUGCAGACAAGUCCAACUGGCAUCAUCGCAUAUUGGCACGGCUGGCACAUGUUCACUACGACGGCCAAGAAGGUGACAUUGCCGCUGCAACUGCAGCGAAGAACGAAUUGGUACCGCAGAUUUUUACGAAGACCAUGACAAUACAAGUAUGGCGCCCAGAGUUUGAGAGGCCUGGUCGUCAUUUCGUCUAUACUACACGAUAUGUUUCCUUUUUCACAAAGCUGUUGGAUCAAAUAAGCGAUCGUUCUAGCCUUGAACAACUACUUCGAAAGGUUAGAAAAAGGCAAGGGGAUUUCAUCAAUCACACAAAGCUCUGGGAGGAUAUGUGCAUCGUAUAUACAAAGCUUGUUCGACGUGCGGGAAAUAUCCCAGAACAUUAUGAAGAAAGUAUCUUUAAAGUGGUCAGCUGGGAUGAGUUUGUCACAAACUCCGCUCGAUUGGACAACUUCAAAGACCUUGCCAUAACCAACGGACCAACAAUGGAUUUGCUUCGCGAAGCGGUGGAAUUCAAAAGACUCAAUAACAAUCUCAUGAAGGUCACUAUGUUUGAAGAUCUUACUGCCGAUAUAUACGCGCGCAUGUACGAGGAAAAUAAUCAUCGUUUCAUUGAACAAGCAAAUGAAGAAAAUAGGGGCAGAAUGAAAGUUGACCAUCUUCUGAUGAACACCGAUGGUACCGCAGAUGCAGCUACACCUCCUACAUCUGCUCCCGCGUCCGAGGCUCCCGUUCCACGCGGCCGAACUAAGGGUAUCUCACGAAGAGAUAUUCAGAAGCGAGCCGAAGCCCUAGUCAGUCACCAUGCCCGCCCUGUGGCUACUAAGGCAGCUGCGGCUCCUACCGAUGAAGACAAAAUACCCUCUGCACCAGUUGUCAGAGUUCCCACUUUAAGUAGCCUCCGAGGAUUUGCAUCGGAAAACGUCGCUGCGGCACAGGAUAGCGUGCCAAACAGUCUCCAUGAAAGUGCCGAUGAUGAGAGUGAAUUGAGUGAGAUCGAUGACGAGAGACUUGCCAGAAUCAAAGGGGAACGGAAUCUUAUGUUCCCACAUUUGAAUCCGAGGAAGUCCCUAGAACCAAGUUUUGAAGGGUCCGCCGCAGUUAGCAUGGAAGGUGGAGAUGGUGAUGGCGAAACAGCUGUCGACGACGAUAACACCGAAAACGAUCGCAGAGACGACAUCGAAGGAGAUACUGGAUUAGUUGAUGAGGGAGAAGAUGGGGAUAUAGAAAUGCAAACGGCCGCCGAGGAUGAGUACGUCGAAGAUGCUGGAGAAAAAGCCGCAGAUCAGGAAGACAUCGACAUGGGUGUUGACAACGCCGAAGAAAUCGGAGAUGACGCAACCAUGGUGACCACGGAAGAAGUCGAUGAAAUCGAAAACAACGAUGGAGACGGAACUGUCUCCACAGGCGACAAGGAGGAGGAAGAAGAAGGAGAGAAAGCAGAGCAAGAAGAAAAACAAGAUAGUAACUCUGCAGCAGUUGAAGGAGAAGCCAAUGGCGUUGCUGACGCUGCCAACGAACCCUUAAAAGAUGAACAGCAAGGGACAAAUCUUGUUGAUGAAGAUGAGCCGCAAUAA